AUGUCCCCACCAACCCUCUCCUCUUCCACCACCCUACCAGCAGCCCCUCCUUCUCUCCCUCUCCCUCUCCCUCUCCCUCUCCUUCUCACCACCCCCCUCGCCCACCUCCACCCCCUCCCACCCCUCAAUAUGAAUAUUCCCCCGACUUUCGAAAUCCUCUCCCACCCCCCUCGCCUUCCCACCCCCACCACCAACCCCAACACGCCCGCCUGCCUCGCCCGCCUGCACACCUUUGCCUCUCAGCGGCGCGCCGGCAUGUUCUCUCUCCACACCCAUACCCCGACCCAGACCCAUACCAAAAAAGAAUUGCAAGCAAAGCAAAAGCGCAUUUUGGAUAAGAAAAAGGCAGUGGAGAAAGAGGCUGGAAAGAAGAUGUUUGGGGGAACAUUGGCUGAGGUUUUGCGUGUCGUGGCGGAGUUGAAGGUACGUUGUGUUAUGUGGGUUAUCUGGUGUUUGUGGCUGGGAGAGGAGAGUGAGAAUGAUAAAGGGAAGAUUGGAAUGGGAGAGGAGAGGAGGCAGAGAGAAAGGAAGAAAGGAAGAAAGGAAGGAUAG